AAAUGCAAUCUAAAGGUCAGGGGUAAUACUUCUUUGUCUUCUCGGUUACACAUCGAUAAGUAUAAGUGUACUGUUUCGUUAAUAUAUUGCCAUAAUUUUAAUCUAGAAGUUUGGCAUAGAGAGAACAGAUAAUUCGAUGUGUUUACAAGUUUCAGUUGCAUUGCUCAUGCUGAGACCCUCAUGCAGUAACCUCACCUCAAGAGUCAGCGAGGCAUAAAACCCCAUGCAGGUCUUAAAAAGUAGCAGUCAAAAUUAAGAAACUCCAAUGGACAACAUUCUGAAAUCACUGACCAUGGGAAUAGGAGGUGUGAUCAAUGUUGCUACUGCCACACUUUCCCCAUACAAAGUACAACUUGUUGAUUAUGAAAGUUAUAAAAGCUUUCAAGUCAUCUAUCAAAAUGACUGUUUAUACCUUUUCAAACGCCCUGGUGUCUCGGAAUGUGUUUUGACUGGCGUUGGACCGACAAAGAAAAGUUAUAGCUUGUUCAUGCAGACAAAUGAGAUUGAGGCAAACUGUCUGUAUGAAGCAAUGAGCAAGUCUAUGGUAAUUCUUGGCUUAAGCUGUCCGACUUACCUUACUAUAGAAGUUCUACAGAAACUUUGUGAUUGCAUCCGUGAGCACCAAACAUGGAAUGUUGCACAUAUUGUGGCUUACGUUGGGUUACAUACUGCUCUAGAAAACCCUGCUGUUCAGUUCUUUAUGAACACACCUUGCCAUGCUACACAAAUCACUCCACUGAUGGCCAGUGUGAUGGGGAAGCAGCCUCAGAGUUUGGAAGUGUUGUUGCGAUGUGGAGCUGCUGUUGAUGCUGUUGACAAACAUGGAUAUACAGUCUACCACCAUGCUGUUAUUUUCUGUGCUGUUGUCAUAACUGUGUUGAAAGACUAUGACAAAUCAGACACCAUUAAUAAGUCAAACAACAAAGGAGAAUCACCUCUGUAUUUGGCAUGCUUAAAGAAACUUCCAGAAGCAACACAGAUUCUGAUUCAGGCAGGUGCUGACCCUGCCGUCAACAAUCUUUCAUUGCUGCCUAUCCAUGCUGCAGUUAGCAAUGGAGACAUAAGGUCAAUUGAAGCUAUCACUUCAGUCUAUCCCAAGCACCUGGACAUCAGAGACUCUCUUGGUCGUACACCACUCCAUCAUGCAUGUUCAGAAGAGGUGGUAAUAAAGCUGGCUGCAUUAGGAUGUAACAUGAACCUAAAAAACCUGGAAGAGGAGACCCCUCUCCUUGUGAUGAUGAGGGAGAAAAGAAGGACGUGUAUACUUGCCCUUCUUUGUCAUGGUGCUGACUGUAACGUACAGGAUGGUCAUGGGGAGACUGUUCUUCACAAAGCUGUUAAGGAUGACAAUCCAGAAAUGGUGAGGACAUAUAUCGUGUUCUGCGCAAAUCCCAACAUCAAAAAUAAUGAGAAUCAUUCUCCUCGUCAUCUUGCUUCAAGCUCAAAAAGCAAAAACAGUGAACUCAUUCUGUAUCUCCUGCAUGUGUCUGGGGCUGAGCGCUGUGGGUCAGAGAUCAAGGGCUGCACUGCUGGCUGUGUGUUAGAGGGAAGCCACAAUGGCAUUCCUGAUAAAACCAUGUCCCUUCUCAUGAGAGUAGACAGUGUGGCCAUGUUUGAUGAGCUCUUGUCAGCACAAGGAAUGAGUGCUACAGUGACCAACAAUUCUGGCUCAGUUCUGGAGAUGACGGAAAUUCCUAACAAUAUUGGUGAUCGCGUCUUAAGUUUGGAUGGAGGAGGCAUCCGAGGUCUGGUGCUGAUUCAGAUCCUCAUGGAGAUAGAAGCAGCUCUGGGCAAGCCUAUUCAAGAGUGUUUUGAUUGGAUUGGAGGCACAAGUACAGGUGGCAUUCUUGCCCUUGCUCUUGCUAGAGGCUUUUCUCUUGCCUACAUCAAAGGUCUAUAUGUACGAAUGAAAGAUGAAGUUUUCAAAGGUAAUCGCCCCUACAGCAGCCAGCUUUUUGAGACCAUGCUGAAAAGAGAGUUUGGGGAGCAUUCAGUCAUGUCUGACAUCAAACAUCCAAAAGUGAUGAUCACAGCUGUUGUAGCAGAUAUGUAUCCAGCAGCAAUGCAUAUUUUCCGUACAUAUGAGCAGCCUUUCGAGGAGCCACAUUUGGAUAAAGAAGAGAGCAGACGAUUUCCAUAUGUUUCUUCUCCAGAUGAUCAGCUUAUCUGGGAAGCUGCACGCAGCACAGGGGCAGCGCCAACAUAUUUCCGAGCUUUUGGGCGCUUCCUUGAUGGGGGUCUUAUCUCAAACAACCCAACCCUGGAUAUGAUGACAGAGAUACAUGAGUAUAACAUGGGCCUAAAACUGACAGGACAAGGCCACUUGGCAAGACCUAUAGGAUGUGUUGUCUCACUGGGGACAGGCAGACCACCCAUUGUGACAGUAAAAAACUUGGAUGUGUUUCGUCCUGAAGGCAUACUGGAAGCUUAUCGAGCUGUUUCUGGAGUAUUCUCCUUAAGCCGCUUGUUGAUUGAUCAGGCCUCCUUAUCAGAAGGGCGUGUAGUAGAUCGGGCCAGGGCUUGGUGCAGCAUGAUCAAUGUCCCAUACUUUCGAUUCAGCCCCCAGCUGUCAGAGGACAUCCCACUGGACUGCCAUGAUCAUGCAAAGCUCAUAAACAUGAUGUGGGAGACCCACUGCUACAUGGUUGCUAACAGACAUCGUGUCCAUGAGCUUGCAAAUCUCUUGAAACCUCAAACAGAUUAAACCAGAUUGCCACAUUUUGAAUUAAGGCUAUAUAAACUUCAUAACUUUCUUUUUUUUUUUUUUCUUGACCAUUUUUUUUAGAAAUAUUUCACUGAGUAAAAUAUUUCUUUUGUUUCUUAACAUUUUUUCAGAAGAAUGUUUUCUCCCUGUUAGUGUUAUCUGAUUUCAUAUAUCCUCAUUAAAAAGGUUAGUAUUUAGUAGCUUUAUAUGACUUUUUACAUAUAUUACAACUAGUAGAUAGUAUGGCUAGUAGUAAAUAGAGCUAAGGGAACUUUGAGCAGUCUUAGUCAAAACUGUAACCUGUAAUAAAUUAUAAAACUGUAAUAAAUUAUAAAUUGGAGUCCUCUUCAUUGUAAAACAUGAUGACCAGUUUAUAUAUGCAUCCCAAUAUAAACACAUUUAUUUCUGUUUCUAAAUAAAAGAACAGUAGACUUUGUCCCACCAGCAGAUGCCAGUAGGAAAUCUUGUUCCGUUAAGUGAAAGUUGAAUUGACAAUUAAAAAAAUACUUUCUUUAAAAUCAUCUUCAAGAGGUUUGAUUAAAUCUCAUGAAGAUUUACACAAUUCAACAGCAGAUUCUAAAUAAACUGACUGGCAAUCUAAAGACUAUGAGAGUUUAUUUUCAAACUCUGGUUCCUGAAAACAUUUCUGCAUUUUCUUUAGAAAUUACAAGUUUACAUAAGACUAAGUCAUGUUAUGAAGCUUUAGAAUUUUUAAGCAGAUGCUGAAUACCAGUUUUUCAUGAUUAUUUCGCUGGUGGUUGCAUACUUUGGGACUAGUGCAUUUGUUGCCACAGCAGUGAGUACUGGUUGUCAUGGGUUCACAUCCCAGCUCCAACAUCCUUCUUUCUGGUUAAAACAUUUGGUAACAGGUUGACCAUGGUUUUCUCCAGAUUUUGUCCAGCCUGUGUGUCUGUGCUGUGAUGUCUGUGUGAUGAAAGUAUAUUUGAUGCCUGCCUUGAUAAAGUGGGUGCUUGUAUGCCUGCAAGUAAUGUUCUUUGACUCCAGCUGGAACUGGAUAAAGACACUAUAUCAAUGCACUUAUUAAUUACCUUGGUGGAUAGUUGUAUCUGCAUUAUUCCCUAAUUUUAUGCUUUGAAUUAUGCUUUUUUUUUUUUUCUCAAAGGUGAUUAGGUGUACAGUUGUGGGUAAAAUGACUGCAUUUCUACUUUUUUGUUAAAUUUAUUUUCUUGAAAAUUUUGGCUUUUACAUAUAUGUAAAGUCCCAGCAUCUUCAUAUGUGAAAUUUAUUAUUUUACAAAAGCAGCCUUCUGUUUCUUACAUAGCUGCCUUUGACAAUCUUUCACACUUUCUGUUCUUCCAAGUUUUCCUGUGAUCAUUUAGCAAAAAAGCCAUGACAUUAUACUAUUAAGUAUUAUUUUUGAGCCACAUUUUUCAUCUGCCUGGUUCACUAUAUUUGUGAUCUUCAUUGUUCUCCUUUUGCUUUAUUUCAUCUGUGUAAUAUUUUUUGAAGUAUAUUUAGGGAGUGAAGUGAAGUGAAAAGUGUUCUUGGAGUCUUAAAAGACAUUUACUUGGAACCAAGGGGUUUUACUGGGUAACCCAACGUUGUUGCAUCAAUAGCCCGAGACCAAAGAGCACGUUGAUUAUAGUUAGUAAAUAACUGGAGCUGACGUGUUAAAAUGAAAGAUUCAGUUGUGCGUCACCUACAAACACUAUAUUGUAGUUAAAUUCACAAUAUUCUGAACAUUAGUUCCUUUUUUGUUAACAAUGACAUGGUCGUGAGAGUGAAUUUAUGGAAAAAUGCAUAAAAUGAACCCCAAUUGUGUACUUAAAUGGUUUUUUCACCUCUGCUUCAUAGUAUGUAAUACAUGUUCUGAGUAUAAGACUCAGAUUUUUUGUUACUUUUACUGUGAACAAUUGCUUGUAGAUUUAGUCAACAUAGACUGAAAGUUUAUAUCAGUGUUUUAUAUCAACUCUGGCUUGUUAUAGACUUUACCUUUUUUUUUUCACACCGUUAACACUGUACAGCCUUAUGAGGCAACCUAUCAGAUGUGAAAUUCUUUAGCUGCAGGUGGGAAUGAAGCAUUCCACUAAAUGUAUUAAAAACAAAUGUGUGAGUGGGUGAUAUAUCAUUAAAAAUAAUUAUGUAGUUUUUAUUUGCCCGAGGUUGAUCACAUAUAUGGUGAUGAGGGUAUGAUGUUAUCUGUUACUUUGAUUUUCUUUUUAAAUAUUUUAUGCUGUCUCUAAUCUAAAAUUACUCCAUCUCUCCCCAACCCCGUUUUACUCACAUGGUUAAACCACGUUAUCUGUAAUUGUGCCUCCUCCAUUUCAGGUAAGAGUUUGUAGACAAUCUUUAUUUUUAAUGAUUUUUGAGCAAAUUACUGUGAUUUUUGUUUUUCUACGAUCGUGAAUGUCCAGAUUUUUUACACAGUAACAAAUAAAUUUGUCCCAUCUACCUCACAUACAAUCACAUUUUUAUUAUAAACUCUGAAUAGAAAACUCUAAACAAAUUGCAGUUAUGUAUUUAUAAAGCAAACCUAUACACAUAGAUCUUUAAAAUAAAGCUCUGAGGGCUUAGUUAAAUAAAUUGGUUUAAAAACCAUCAAAUACUUAAGAAAAUGUAGGUCAGAAAAAAGGGGACAAAGCCCAUUAUUAAGUCUACAAGAUGACUUUUUAAUAUUUCAUAAUUUAUUAACAAAGCAGUGUGAAGAUGACUUGUCUCUUUGUGUUCUAUGCAACUCCACACCAUUUGCUAAUCCUAACCAAAUUUUGGCAGUAAUAAUUUUUUUUGUGUACAGGAAGGUUGUAGACUUUUGUUUGUUCAAGUUACUCAAUUACAUAACAUGAGUCAUUCUGUCCAUGAGAAACAACAAAAGCUGUCAUGACAGUAAUACAAGUCUUCCUGUAACAUUAGAAUUUAUGGUGUGUUCUCUCUUGGAAGAGUUCGUGGGAGUACUUAGUCCCCGGAAAUGUUAGUAGAAAAAAAUGCUUUGUGUAUAGUUAGCAAUACAGACCUGAGCAUCAUGAAACCACCAUGGGUAUUUUAAAGCACUUUACAUCACAGACACAAGGCACUGAAAUACAACACACACAUUUUUAGCUGUCCACUGCACAAAUUGGUAAAAUAAAUGACAUUUAUUUAAAUCAAUGUUAGAGAAGAUAUUUUCACCAUUUUACAACUCUUAGGAAGCAUUCCAAGGUUAGGUGAUGUGAAGAUGACAUCGGUGAGCUACUAUAAUUGCAACAAAACUGACAUAUUAUGAAAAGAAAUUCCAGCCUGAUACAACAUUAAUGAUGAAUACAAAUUAAAUAAAACAUUAAAACAAGUUCCUCACAAUGAAGGAACAAUAAACAUUUUAAAAUAUCUUUUUAUUUAACUUAUUUUGGGGACAUCUGACAAGUAGAAAUGUUACAUGUUUAAAUUCUCUUAUGCUUUUAUUAAAAGUUUUCUGAAAGAUGAA